GGCGGGGUAGGCGGCGCCCCGCGCGGCGUGGAUGGGCGGCGGCGAUGGACGGCCCCGAGGAGGAGAGCUUCGCCCUGGCCUUCUCUUCCUCCUCUGAUGCGGAAUUUGAUACUGUGGUUGGAUACUUAGAGGAUAUCAUCAUGGAUGACGAGUUCCAGUUAUUACAGAGAAAUUUCAUGGACAAGUACUACCAGGAGUUUGAAGACACGGAGGAGAAUAAACUCAUCUACACGCCUAUUUUUAAUGAAUAUAUUUCUUUGGUAGAAAAGUAUAUUGAAGAACAGCUGCUGGAGCGGAUUCCUGGAUUUAACAUGGCAGCGUUCACCACAACUUUGCAGCACCAUAAGGAUGAAGUGGCUGGUGACAUAUUUGACAUGCUGCUCACAUUUACAGAUUUUCUGGCUUUCAAAGAAAUGUUUCUGGACUACAGAGCAGAAAAAGAAGGCCGGGGGCUGGACUUAAGCAGUGGUUUAGUGGUGACUUCGUUAUGCAAAUCAUCUGUGCCAGCGUCCCAGAACAAUCUUCGCCCCUGAGUCCUUCCACGGGGCAGUGGGAUCCCAUCUCAACAUCUCCAGCCCAGUAGAGACUGGGAGGGGCCUCUGGUACUGACGACUGAAGACGACAUCUUGGAAGGACUGCACUGCAACGCCUCGUUCACGUGAAGUAUUGAUGGGUCGAAAAGAAAACUACCUGACCCCCUGGGCCCUGUUCUCCUGCAACACCUCCUUGUGCCCAGUGACCCAGACACUCCUCCCCCAGCAGACAACCCUUUCUCCUCGACUGGGCUCUGGAGCAAGCGUUCCACUCGGAGCCCCUUGCCCAGCCGUAUAUGUUGGUGUGUCAGCCCGGAAAGCCACCACCAGCAGGCUUUGCAUGACUUUUUUUGGGCACCCACAGCAUUUUACAUGUACCCAGGUUUCCAUCCUUCCGCCUCCAUGGGGUUUUUGACUGGGAGUAUUUAUCUAGGGUGUUUUUCGGGGCAGCUGCCCAUCUGGAGAUUUCUGAACUGCAGUACUUACAGCUCAUCUUCACUGUAGGAAUCAGCUGAGUGAUGUCAUUUACCUAAGAACUGUGCGUGAAAACCAAUUCCCAGCUUACGUCUGGAGUCCUGUCAUCAGUGUCUCCUGCCAGGCCUCAUGUAGUCCCACUGUUUCUAAAACUCUCUUAAGCAUUUUUGUAAAAAAUAUUUUUCUAGAUGAAUACUCAGGCUGAACUAACCUAGUGGACAUAAUCUUGGCACUUCCAUGAUUGCCCACUUAAAGAUCAAAGUAUUAUAUGCUAUGUGCUGCUUAGUUGCUAGAGCGGUGGAAGCAGGUGCUCUCUGUCGGCAUUCCCACCCGCCUGGGCGCCAGGGGGCCUGUGCGCACGCUGGGGGCCGACUGCGGCUUUCCUCUCCUGUGGCAUGGUAAGUGUUUGUGCAGGUUUGCUUAAAACUCUCUCUGUAUAAGUCAUUUGUUAAGUUUUCUGUUGGGGAAGGGGCUCUAAUUCCUUCUUCCUGUCAAAACCUUCCUACCAAGAUGGUAUUUCCCUAGCCUAGCUCAGUAUGAGUAGGAGAGAAUACUGGUCACCUGUCUGCUUUGAUGCAUUACAAUGUUUGAUACAACAUUACUGACUGGAAAACAAGUCCCAUUUAUAGAAAGAAGAAAAAACAUAGUAGUUCCAAUUCCCAUUGUGUACCUUAGAUUUAAAAAAAAAAAAUCUGUACCGACUUUUCACUUGGCUGUUGGCGGUUUCAAAGGAUGGGCUAUGUGUUUUCCUGUACCGAUGGUGUGUCUUAUUAAAUACUUUUAUACCAUGAGUAAAAUUCGAGACAUUUUGCAAGAAUCCUCAUUCUAAGGG